CCUCUGACGGUGGUGCGGUUUUGUUUUUAAACCGGUGGGGCGGCUCUGUGUUAGGGUUUUUCUUAAGAGAUUUCUUUGUAGGGAAGAGGGUUUACGCGGUCAAGCCAUGGAUCCCAGUUCCCUUAACUCAGCUGAGAUGGAACGAUUCCUCAAUCAAGAAAAAGAAAGGGCCAUGGUCAAUGAGAUGGUGGCAAAACUUACGAGCGUCUGCUGGGACAAGUGCAUCACUAGUACGCCAGGGAGCAAGUUCAGCUCCAGUGAAUCAUCAUGUUUAUCACACUGUGCUCAGCGAUACAUGGAUAUGAGUCUCAUUAUCAUGAAAAGAUUUCAGUCCAUGCAGUGAAGUGGAGCUGCUUUCCCUCUACUGCAUCAAUCUACCAUCAAUUAAUACUGCAUUUUUGCUAUUUCAUUCCGUUUCAACAUUCAUUUUAAGACGUCCUUUGUAUCUGAAUUGAUCUGAGAUCUUUAAAGUUCUUGAAAUUUAACAGUUUAUGAUGCCGAG